AUGACUGGCCACGUAUCUAAGUUUAACCGAAAACCUGAAGGUCGCUCGUCUUCGUUGGCCAAGAAGGCAGCUAAGAGGGCUAUGGCCAAAGUAAAUUCGAACCCAAAGAGAUCAUCGGCACAUUUGGAACGUGUGGUGCAAUCUGUAAAUGACGCCACUAAGAGAUUAUCCCAGCCCGAAUCUACCAUAAGUGUCGCUACAAAAUCGUCAAAGAGGAAAUCCAGAGACACAGUUGGCCCUUGGAAGUUGGGCAAAACUCUGGGGAAGGGAUCUUCCGGUAGAGUUCGUUUAGCUAAAAAUAUAGAGACAGGACAAUUGGCUGCCAUCAAGAUUGUCCCCAAGAAAAAGGCCUUCGUUCACCGUUCCAAUAACGGAACUGUUCCUAAUUCUUAUUCUUCUUCCAUGAUCACCUCUAAUGUAUCGUCUCCAUCCAUAGCGUCCAAAGAACAUAGUAACCAUACUCAAACCAAUCCGUAUGGUAUAGAGCGAGAAAUUGUCAUUAUGAAACUAAUAUCCCACGCCAACGUGAUGGCAUUGUUCGAAGUUUGGGAGAAUAAAUCCGAGCUAUAUUUAGUGUUGGAAUACGUUGAUGGUGGUGAGCUAUUUGAUUACUUGGUCUCGAAGGGAAAACUGCCUGAAAGGGAGGCGAUCCAUUAUUUCAAGCAAAUAGUGGAAGGUGUUUCCUUCUGUCAUUCCUUUAACAUAUGUCAUCGUGAUCUUAAACCUGAAAACCUAUUGUUAGAUAAAAAAAACAGGAAGAUUAAAAUUGCUGAUUUUGGUAUGGCGGCUUUAGAACUUCCUAACAAACUUUUAAAGACUUCGUGUGGCUCUCCGCAUUACGCGUCUCCUGAGAUCGUUAUGGGUAGGCCAUAUCAUGGUGGCCCAAGCGAUGUUUGGUCCUGCGGUAUCGUUUUAUUUGCACUGUUGACUGGGCAUUUGCCGUUUAACGAUGACAACAUCAAAAAGCUGCUGCUAAAAGUUCAAUCGGGCAAAUAUCAAAUGCCCAUGAAUCUCUCUGCUGAAGCUCGUGACUUAAUAUCAAAAAUACUGGUAAUCAAUCCAGAGAAAAGAAUAACCACCCAAGAAAUAUUAAAUCAUCCUCUUAUCAAGAAGUACGAUAACCUACCCAUUAAUAAAAUGAUCAGAAAGAUGAAGAGAGAUAAUAUGGCAAGAGGAAAAUCCAAUUCAGAUUUGCACUUGUUGAACAAUGUUUCGCCCUCUGUUGUAACUUUACAUUCAAGGGGGGAAAUUGAUGAAUCUAUCCUAAGAAGUUUGCAAAUUUUGUGGCAUGGAGUCUCUCGUGAGUUAAUCACUGCAAAGUUGCUUCAAAAGCCAAUGUCCGAGGAAAAAUUAUUUUAUUCACUACUAUUACAGUAUAAACAACGUCACUCAAUUUCAUUGUCCUUGUCGAACGAAAAAAAGAAGGUACCAAAGGAAAGUAGCAUGGAUGAAUCAAAAACAGGGAACACUUUUGAACUUCCCUAUGUCACGAACACAAGCGAUAAUGAUGUAAAAACUUCAUUCUCUUCAGAAGUACAUUCAGAAAAUAUUUCAGCAUUCAAUCCGAAUAACACUAACUCAAGCGUUGAUGCAGAAAUGAAUGCCCCAGUGUUGGCGCAGAAGUCUCAGUUUAGUAUUAAUGCUCUCAGUCAACCGGGAAGCGAUAAGUUCGAAGCAGAAGUUGUACCGCUGUCACCUGCAAUUCCUAUAUUCAACGCUUCUUCAUCCAGAGUUUUUCGUAACUCAUAUACUUCUAUUUCUUCACGUUCGAAGAGAUCGUUACGUCCGUCAAGUUCCAAAUUAUCAUUGUCCGCUUCAACUACUAGAGAAACUGUUCGUGAAAACGCAAUGCCUCUACCUCAACUGCAGAAAUCGCCUUCAAGAUUUUCCUUGUCAGGGAAGGCAGUUCAUCCUUCUCCCUCAAACAAAUCAUUACAUAAAUCACUUUCGAAGAAAAACAUCGCUCCAACUGCUACUGUUAGGAGAACACUGCAAAACUCGGCCUCAAAAAGAUCUCUAUACUCAUUACAGUCUAUUUCAAAACGUUCCUUGAACCUGAAUGAUUUAUUAGUAUUUGAUGAUCCUCUGCCCAGCAAAAUACCGGCCCCCGAAAAUGCAAGGGAGUAUGAGCCGCACUCUUUGGAAUCAGACUCCGACUUUGAGAUCUUAUGUGACCAGAUCUUAUUUGGAAACGCCUUAGAUAAGAUUCUUGAGGAGGAAGAGGACAAUGAAAGGGAAAAUGAUGGUCCAAGACAAGUAAGAGAUAAUACAAAACCCCCAACAAAAUCUAUCAUGGACCCAAAGGCGUCUAUGAGUAAGGAGAAUGAAGACCCGAAACGCCUCACCAAGGCUGAGAAAAACUCGUUUAAUCCAAUUGAAGGGGACUCACAGUCUUCUUCAUUUUCUCCUUUCCAAAAAGUAAAUACUCAAAAUCCGACCUAUUUCGAAUCUCAAAAGCCUAAAAGAACAGUUCUUUCAGAUAUUACGAACUCGUUUAAUGAAACCAAUAAACAAUUUUUGAAAAAUGAAGGCAUGAGAAUGAAAAAGAAGAAUCUUAUGGAACAACUGGAAAGAAAAAAUGAGCGUUUAUCAUCAGUCAAACCUAUUCAACCUCAAGAACUCCGUGUAAAUUCUUUGCCUGAUGAUCAAAAACCCCCAUCUUUAUCUUUAGAUCCUCGUCGCAACUUCUCUCAACCGGCGAACUCGAAGGUAGAAUCGCUGUUGCAAGGACUGAAAUUAAAAAAGGAUCCACCUCCUCACUGGACACACGAAGGAGGCUCCCUGUUUAUGAGUAGAAAUUCAGUGAAUGAAACCCCGCACAAUACUUUAGAUGAUUCAGUCGGAAGCUCACACAUUCCUUUAACUACCAUGGCGACAUCUUCGACAGAUCCCAGCGUUCUAGCGGAAUCUAGUACAAUUCAUAAGCCAAUGUUGUCCUUACCUUCCACCUUUUUGAACACCUCUAUGACGUUUAAAAACCUUAGUCAGAUCCUCGCCGAUGAUAGUGAUGAUAAACAUUUAAGUAUACCACAGAAUCAAUCUAGGAGCGUUGCCAUAUCGCACCCUCUGCGAAAGAAGUCUGCCAAGAUAUCUUUAACGCCACGAUCAAACCUGAACGCUAAUUUAUCCAUGAGGCGUAAUCAAAGCUCACCUGGAUCCUAUUUGAGCAACGAUCUGGAUGGAAUCUCGGAUAUGACAUUUGCGAUGGAAAUACCGACGAACACUUUUACGGCUCAGGCAAUUCAACUUAUGAAUAGUGGUUCCGGUAAUAAUAUAACUGGCGCAUCGCCAAAAAUAUCGUCGUUUACAAAUGCGAAAGAAACCAAAUCGGUCGACUACAUGCCGAAGGAAAACGAAACAGAUAAUAGUGAGAUUAAUAAUAUUCCAAAUUAUACUGUACCAAAUACUCGUGAUAAAGAGGGUAUUAAUAUCUUUGAGGAUGCUCCCUCUGAUGAAGGUUCAUUAAACACAUCUUCGGAGAGCGAUUCACAGGGAAGUGUACAUAGAAAAGCUGUGUCUAUCGACACAUUGGCAACCACAAAUGUCCUUACGCCAGCAACUAACGUUAGAGUAAGUCUUUAUUGGAAUAAUAAUAAUUCAGGCAUUCCUAGGGAAACUACAGAAGAAAUACUUUCAAAACUCCAAUUAUCGCCGGACAAGCCGCCGAACCCACACGUGCAAAAGAGAUUCUCCUCCACACGUGCUAGUCGUGAUAGCAAGGCAUUAGGCAUCUCCCAAAGUUUACAAUCAAUGUUCAAAGAUUUGGAAGAAGAUCAGGAUGACUACACCUCCCAAGCUGAUAUGCUUGCAUCGGAUUUGAUUAACCCAAAUCAAAGAUCAUCAGAAGAAAGCCCUAAACCAAAGCAAAGAGUAACGAUGCUUUUUGAUGAAGAAGAAGAAGAAUCUAAAAAAUUAGGAAUGCAAAAAAUAAAAAAGGAGCAUAUAAAGCUGGAUAAUAGAAUAUCCGAACAACCUGCUCAAGUUUCUUUGCUGCCACUUGUUAAUAAGGAAGGCCAUGCUGAUCUUACAGAAAAUGACCAUCUUGCAGUACCGGAACUCUCGUCAAGUAAGGUUACUAAAGACGGUGCUGUUAAAUCAAGUUCGCCUGUCAAUAAGAAAAAGCCAGUAAAUAUUGUAAAAAGUGUCAAAAAAUCUGAUGAUGGAGAUGCGCCCGUCAAUGAUAAAAAAAAUUGGUUUGUUAAACUAUUCCGAAAUCUUUCCUCUCAUAACAGUGGUACGAAGACAUCUAAAAAUCACGUAACGAAUAUCUCAUUUGAUGAUGCUCAUAUGCUGACAUUGAAUGAAUUCAACAAAAAUAGUAUUGACUACCAAUUAAAGACCAUAGAUCACAAGUUUGGCAAAAAAACCGUAGAAUAUGAAUGCAAAUUUGUAAAAGGCAACUUUAAAUUUAAAAUUAAAAUCAGCAGUCUACCCAAUGCUUCAACGGUUGUAACCGUAAAAAGAAGAAGCAAGCAUUCAAACACUGCCUCUGAUAAGGCUUUUGAAAAGUUCAAUGAUGAUGUAGAGAGAGUAAUUCAAAAUGCCGGACGUUCAUAA